CAGAGCUCCUCGCGAGUCCUGCAGUCAGGCCGUGGGACGGGCUCGGGCCCCAUGUGCCGUCAGUCCCCACCAGCCUGAGCCUCCGGCCUCCGCCGACCCCAGGAAACCUUGGCAGCACCACGCGGCCCCACUCCAGAAGAGACAUGUCUGGUAACGGCGGUGUGGCUGUAACGGCGGAAGAGAACAACUUGAAGAUGAGAGUGAUUCGAGUGGGUACCCGUAAGAGCCAGCUGGCUCGCAUACAGACAGAUACUGUGGUAGCAAUGCUGAAAACCUUCUACCCUGGCGUGCAGUUUGAAAUCAUUGCCAUGUCUACCACAGGAGACAAGAUACUUGACACUGCACUCUCUAAGAUUGGGGAAAAGAGCCUGUUUACCAAGGAGCUGGAGUACGCUCUGGGGAAAAAUGAAGUGGACCUGGUUGUUCAUUCCCUGAAGGACCUGCCUACUGUGCUGCCUCCUGGCUUCACCAUCGGAGCCAUCUGCAAGCGAGAAAACCCCUGUGAUGCUGUUGUCUUUCACCCCAAAUUUGUUGGGAAAACCCUAGAAACCUUGCCAGAGAGGAGUGUAGUGGGGACCAGCUCCCUUCGGAGAGCAGCUCAGCUGCAGAGAAAGUUCCCACAUCUGGAGUUCAAGAGUAUUCGAGGAAACCUCAACACCCGGCUUCGGAAGCUGGAUGAGCAACAGGAGUUCAGUGCCAUCAUCCUGGCUGUAGCUGGCCUGUACCGCAUGGGCUGGCAGAACCGAGUGGGGCAGAUUUUGCAUCCUGAAGAAUGCAUGUAUGCUGUGGGUCAGGGGGCCCUAGGUGUGGAAGUCCGAGCCAAGGACCAGGAUAUUUUGGAUCUAGUGAGUGUGUUGCAUGAUCCAGAGACUCUGCUUCGCUGCAUCGCCGAAAGAGCCUUCCUGAGGCAUCUGGAAGGAGGCUGCAGCGUGCCAGUGGCAGUCCAUACAGUGAUGAAGGAUGGACAACUGUACCUGACUGGUGGAGUCUGGAGUCUAGAUGGUUCAGAUAGCAUGCAGGAGACCAUGCAGACCACCAUCCACGCUCCUGCUCAGCAUGAAGAUGGCCCAGAGGAUGACCCGCAAAUGGUAGGCAUCACUGCUCGAAACAUUCCACGACGAGCCCAGCUGGCUGCUGAGAACCUGGGCAUCAGCUUGGCCAGCUUGUUAUUGAACAAAGGAGCCAAGAACAUCCUGGAUGUUGCACGGCAGCUUAAUGAUGCCCGCUAACCGGUCUGUGGGGCACAGGGCGCCUGGAUUGUCAUUUUCAGUGCCUGCAUCUGGGUUUCAGUACCCUGUUCUCACUAGCUGGGAUGUGAUUACUCCAGGAGAUUCAACUGCUGCCUGAGGCUGGCAGCCACACAUCUCACCUUGGGGCCUUGUUGACUGUAUUGCCUCCUAAAUAGAUGGGGGCUUCAUCUCUUUAGACAAAAGUCUAAACCACAGCCUUUGAAUGUAAGCAGCUAUGAAUGAACUGUCCUUGAAAGUGGCCAUUUUGAUGAGGUUUAGGAGACAAAUAAAUCCAAAGCUCUUUCAGUCCUAAGUCUGAAACCUUUGUUUAAAAACUUCUGGAACAGCUUUUGCUUCAGCCUCAAUAGUCCUAAUUCCAAUGUUGCCUCACAGGGAAAAUCAACAAAACAAGAGAAAACAGCCUUAAUAUCCAUGGCUUGCCUAGUGUGGGGGGCCAAGCCUAAAAUCCCAGCAUUUGGGAAAUAGAAGACUGUGGGUUCAAGUCCAGCCUGAGCUACAAUGACCAUUGCUCCAAAUAACCAAAAUAAAUGAAAAUCCUAUGUCUUAUUCCUUCUCCAGCUAAUAGUGAAGUUUAUUUGUUAAGACAACCUCUUCCACCCCCACUGCCUUAGAAAUUAGUUAUCCUAUAGCUUGCAAAAUGAAGACACUUCACUUUUAAAAAACAACAAUCCUUUAAUAAACAAAAUUAGCCCAUGUGAAACUCCCCAAUACUUUAAGGUUCUAGUCUUGGAUGGGUUAGCUGCAAAGUCCCAGUUCGGAAGCCCAGAGGCUCAGUCCAGACGGGUUUGUGCUGGUAUCUUGUUGAGGCGCUGGGAGGAAAAUGGGUGCCUAGGCCCACGGGCCAGCUAACAGUCUCGGCACAAACAGCUCUGUUGUCCCAUACGGCAGUCGUGAACGCAAACCGGAGGCCCUUGCCCUCUUACACACUUUGCAGGAGGCAGGCGGCAGGCUGGCCUGAAGAAAGCUGCUUGUUCCCGCGUCGUCCCGGCCAGGAUGCACGGGCCCAUGGAUGAAGAUGGAGGGUGAUCCGGUGUGAAAGCCUCGGGGCUCAGCAGCAAGGGGGUAGCGCGGACACCAAAAUAAAUGAGUGAAUCCUCUCCCACCAAAGCCUGGAAGCCAGCAGUCACGUCUGAAGUCCUGGCGAGGGCUAAGCACCAAGCUGAGGAAAUAACCGCCAGCCUCUUCGCCUUAGCUGCCCAUCUCAGCCCUGCGUCAGAGCGCAAGGCCAAGGGUUCCAGAAGGUGCGGCGGCCGCGCCGCAGCCCGUCAAGUCAUUCCGAGGAUGGGGCGGUCGGGUCGCGAGCCGCGCGGCGGGCGGGUGUGGCGGAUCGCCCCCUCCCCUCCCGCAGGCAGGCCCGGACCC